CCUACAGGCUGCAGGGAGAAGGAGACGUGUCCCACUCUCAGGUUGGCAUGAGCGGACAGAUGGAGGCAGACAGCACCGGUGGCAACAUGGGGGAGAAAGCAGACGUGGAAAUGGCAGAAAACCCAUUUGAGCCUUACAUUGAAUCUCUGCGACAACAACUGGAAGACCAGGACCCCGUUUUUCUGAUCGGAGUUAUCGUCGCUUUGGCGGUUAUCAUCAUCACCUGUGUGUUUCUGAAGUACUUUCUCUCCAGUAAAACCGUCCGCAGUGCUGUGCUGCUGGUCGGACUGUGUGACGCCGGGAAAACCCUCCUGUUCAGCCGGCUGUUAUCAGGGAAGUUCAAGCGCACACAGACCUCCAUCACUGACAGCAGUGCUCCAUACAAAGCCAAAAACGACAGGGGCAGCACCUGGACUCUGAUUGACUUGCCAGGACAUGACAGUCUGCGCUCUCAGUACCUGGAGAAGUUCAAAUCUGCAGCCAGAGCGAUUGUGUUUGUAGUGGACGCCGCUAUCUUCCAGAAGGAGGUGCGAGACGUGGCAGAGUUCCUCUACAUGUUGUUGACGGACACUGUGAUCUCCAGGAAUGCCCCAGCUUUGCUGGUGGCAUGCAACAAACAAGAUAUCACCAUGGCAAAAUCAGCUAAACUGAUUCAGCAGCAGCUGGAAAAGGAACUGAACACCUUGCGCGUGACGCGCUCUGCAGCCCUGAGCUCUCAGGACGGCUCUGUGGGCGGCAGUGUGUAUCUGGGGAAAAAGGGCAAGGACUUUGAGUUCAGCCAGCUGCCAAUGAAGGUGGAGUUCCUGGAAUGCAGCGCUCGCGGCAGCAAGGGUGAAGAGGGGGAUGCAGACAUUGAGAGCCUGGAGAAGAGCUUCGCUAAACUGUAAAAUCAGCAACAUAACAUCCUCAGUGCAGAGUCUGACUCAAAGCACAGACCUCAGAUCAACGUCCACCGUCACCUCAGCAAUCAGAGGAGGGAUGAGGCAUCUCAGUGGAGAAUUUAUUUGCCAGGAGCAACCAGCUGGUCCGAUCUGUGCUGGCUGUCAGUGUAAACCGUAAUUACAUGAAAGGUGGAAGAACUUUUGUGACGUAUCCAAUCAAAAAACACCAAAAAGACUGAAAGUAAUGAAAUAGAAAAUGAUGUAGCAGUUUGUUAGGUUGCUCUGCUGUGCUAAGAAAUGAUUUCUCCAGUGUAAAUCUUACUGUGAACAUCCACUUUAAAGCGCUUUAUUUGGCUUGUUUAGAAAGAACAUUUGCUGUUGCUGCAACUUAAAGCGAUCAUAGGCUGUCACAGAUUUUCACCAUAUUUGUUUUAAACUUGUUUCAGCUACUCUGACUUCUAAGCUGCCUUGUGAACACAGAAGGGCAUGAAUUGAACAUGAAUUAACUUGGACUGUCGGCCAUGUGCCUUUUCUCCGAUAUUCUUAUAGAAAAGUGUCUUGCUUGUUUUCAAAAAAAAAAAAUGAGUUUACUUGUUUGAAAGUGUUUAGUGAAUUCACUGCAUCUGCAAUGAAUGUAUGGAUUUAUUUAGAUUUUGUGUUUGUCUGGCUUGUUUAAAAAACUGACAAUAUAAAGUUUUUGAUGCUUGA